AUGUCACUUCGGCAACUUGUGUCUGGCGAUGCCGACUGCGGCCCUGCCAAUCCUGCAUUAGAAUUGUUGAAACAGUUUGAACAGGACCAGUCACUAACACAGGAUUUAGUCAGGAGAGAAGCUGUGGGAGAGGGAUCGUCGAAAUCGGCAUUUCGUGCACACUUUCACCAAGCAUCAGUAACGGAUCAUGAGCUUGCAAAUGACUUCUUUCUCGACGCAACCCACCAACCUCCACCCUUCAAUCCACAAGAAAACACUUUUCAAUUUAAUCACAUGAACCAAGAAUUAUCAACAAUGUAUCAACCGACACAGGAAGGCUCCAACGCCGCCUGGGUAUCCGAAUUCCUGGGGCGACCAAACGAAGAACCUAGCAUAAUUGCUCAUGACCCAAUAUAUGACGAUUUUGAAAACGCAUUUAGGAAUGCUCAAGGCAUGAGUAGUUGGGCUGAGGAUUUUGCCCAGUUUACAUCACCACCCACGAGGAUCGAUCCCGACGAGGCCGCAGCAUUUGAAAAAGCGUUUGAGGAAGCGGAAAAUCGUGCGGUUUGGCAAUCGGAAUUUCAGACACAAGAAUCAUCAUGGGCAUCUGAAUUCCAAGAACAAGAAUCUACUUCUGGAGAUGCUAAAACUGAACUUGCAAGAACCGCCAGGAAGUUGAUGGACACUGUGAGUGAGGAAACAAAUCCAAAAUUCAGGAACUCGGUUUUUUUCAACUUUAUAAAAAAUUUGGGCGAUGAGCGUCUUUCAAUUGAGGGUAAUAAAGUAGUAGCACAAGAAUCGCCUGUGUCAAAGUAA